AUGGUGCUUGAUAUGGAUUUGUUCCGUGAAGAGAAGGGUGGAAACCCCGAAAUCAUUCGUGCUUCGCAGAGAAAUCGCUACAAAGACCCCGCCUUAGUUGACAAGGUGAUUGAACUGGACCAAGCUUGGAGGAAAGCACGAUUUCUUCUUGAUGUCUUCAAUCGCCAGAAGAACGUGCUUAGCAAAGCAAUUGGUGAAAAGAUGAAGGGUUUGUCUGUAACGCAGAUAAAGAAGCUGCGCACGAUCUUGGAUGAGAAAAUGGCUGAAACAAAGGUUGAUCUGGUUGCUAUGAUUGAUGGUUUCGACGGAGAUCGUGGAACAACAGUGGCUGGUGGACGCGGUUACUUCUUAAAAGGAGCGCUUGUAUUUCUUGAGCAGGCAAUAAUCCAACUGGCUUUACAAAAAUUAGGAGAGAAGGGGUUCACUCCACUCUAUACACCAUUCUUUAUGCGUAAAGAAGUGAUGCAAGAGGUUGCACAACUAAGCCAGUUUGACGAAGAGUUGUAUAAGGUAAGAGCAUAA